AUGGACGGCUUAGAUGAGGUGCGCACGGGCGGCGAGUGCAACCCCGCCGCGAACGUCGUCAACCACCCGCAUCUGGUGGGCGCGUUCGGGACGCACUUCGACUUCAACGGGCGGCCCGACAAGGUGUUCUGCCUGCUGUCGGACCGCGACCUGCACGUGAACAUGCUGCUGCGCGGGUACUACUCGGACGACACGGAGAACGCGGCGCUCGUGGUGGACGGCAAGGUCGUGCACACGUGGAUCAAGGAGCUCGGGCUCGUGUGGUUCGCGGCCGGCGCGGAUCACAAGCUGCGCCUCGCGGCGCGCGGCGGCAAGCAGCAGGAGCGCGGCGAGGGGUUCAUGAAGACGAUCGAGAUCGACGGCGAGGAGAUCCCGAGAAUGGCCGUCGGCGAUGAGGUGACGAGCGACGGCGGGUUGACGCUGCGAUUCGCGGCGCUGGAGAAGGAAGGGCCGUAUGAUGUGGACUACUACACGCUCGCGAUCGACGGGCUCGUGUCGCUCGACCUGCGUCUGCGCGUCGCCAACCCCAAGCUGCAGACCCCCAACGAUGCCGAGGCGCACAUCAACGUGGGGAUUGUCGAGCUGGAGCACACCGACGACGUGCACGGCGUGCUCGGCCAGACGUACCGCCCCGACCACGCCGCGCGCGCCGCGGAUUUCCAGCGCCUGAUCGCGAAUCUGCACCGUCCGAUCUCGUCGGACAGCGAGGAGGGCGUGGGGUUCCUGGACGGCACGCCGCGGUCGUACGAGUCAAGCUCGGUGCUCUCCGUGGAUUGCGCGCACACCGAGUACCACCGCGCCAAGCAGCUCAGCCCCGUGGAGGAGUUCCCCAGGGAGCCGCUUCACUAA